AGGUUAUCUCCGAGUCGGGUGUGAUAAGACAGCGCCGAGAGUUUGCUGCUGGCCGACGACCUCUGCCAAUGUUCACCAAAGAGAAGAAACCGCAUUCCUCAAUCACACAGCUGGUCAACCUCCUGACCGGGCAGGACCACGCAAAAGAAUCGUAUGACGACCUACCAGAACUUGCCAGCUCGAUAUCUUUGCAAUCUAAAGGCCUACAGUCCACCGGACCAGCUGAGGCGUCCAGGGCACUAAGAAAGAAAAUCAAACACGGAGAUUCACACCAGAAGUACAGAGCCCUGUUCAUACUGGACGCCUUGAUGGCAAACGGAGAUCAGACAUUUCGAACCAAAUGCAUGGACCACCAACUCGUCGAUGCCCUCAAGCAGCUCGCCUCUGACCCUUACGCAGACAGCGAAGUCCGCAGGAAGCUCGCAAAAGUUCUUUCGGGCUGGAGUGUCCAGUACAAGGGCGAACCUUUCCUGUCACACAUCGCGAGUGUGUAUGCACAAUACGAGGAUCUUCAUCGCCCGUCGCAGCAGCAGGCUCCAGGAGGGAACAGGACGGAGGUCGAUAAGAUGUUGCACAAUGCUUGGUUGUCCUCCGACGGUGCAGAACAGAAAAAGAAGGAUAAGGAGGUAAAGGAAGCCAAAGAAGAAGCGAAGCGCAAAGCUAAACAGGAGAAGGCAGAGGCGAAACGUAGGGCGGAAGAGGAAGCUCGGAGAUCGAAAGACCGGUCGCGAAGGCGCUUUGACUUUGACAAAGAAAAACCCCAAAUUAUCAACUCCAUUGCCAAUGCCAGUCAAGCGAGUAGUAAUCUCAUCAACGCCAUGAAACUCGUCAACUUGGAUAAGGAAAGUGUCGCAACUAAUUCCCACGUGAAAGAUUGUCUGGAGAAGGCGAAAGCGGCACGCAAGACUAUUGUGCGGUAUAUCCAACUCGUUGAAAACGAGGAGAUGAUCGGAACGCUUAUCACUGCAAACGAACAAGUUAUCGCCGCUAUCCAAAUGCAUGAUGACGUUCGUCGGUCUACACUUUCGCACGUUGCAAAUGGAGAGCUAACGGGAGCCCCGCAGCUCGUUGCAGCAGGAGCUCCUUCGAAGGAUCGUUCUGCUGACAUACAAUCUGGGGUAGAAGCUAUGUCGCUCCACCCCGGCGGCCGCUCGAGGCUUCAGGGACAGAAUGAACGAGAAAUUAACAGUUACGAAGACGAACGAAAUGGCAGCACUAUCCACCCUGAUCUGCAGGACCUGUCCUUUGGUUCUCUGGGAGAUGAACAAGGGUCGCUGCCACCGCCAAUGAGACCCUCUACACGGCACGGAUCUUCCGACGACGAGUGGGAUCAGCAACGCGCAAAUCUUUCUGAAUUCAGCGAUUUUGAAAGCGAGGAUCUGCAUGAAAAUUAUCGUGCAGGACCAAGUUCGAAUACCCACGGGCAUGAAGAGUCGGAAAAUGUGGAAGAUCCAUUUGCCGACCCUUUUGCAGACUGA